GCACGCCAAGCAGACAGCGUCGCCACUCGACUGCGUGUGCGGAUGAUCCAGACGGUACUGAAGCUGUGGGUGCGAUGCGCGCUACAGACCAACUCACAAGACGAACUCAACGUCGACGCAUGGGACUACUUUAUGAGCGUCAUGGCCAGCAAGACAAAG